GUUGACGCUGAUCAUUAGAGCGCUUGCAAUGCCCUUUAUAGCUAGCAAGUUGCCUAAUGUUCUCCAUCUGGAAAGAUGAAUUACAUUUUGGCUUGAAAAAACGUUCCGAUAUACCCUAAUAUACACCUCUAAUAGUUUAUAACAUUAUGUUACGAGCUGGAAGUACUGUUGCCUGCUCAGCAUGCAGGAAUCUGCUCCCCUCCAGAGUGGGCCUGAGGUUCCGCAUGCCCCUGCAGAAACUACACCCUCUUUCUUGUGCCAUUCACCACUGCUUCUCACCCAGCACCAACCCACAGAGGCCCCCUCACUGUUCAGCUGCACGCCGCUUCACCUCCCUCUCCAGGCUCCCCAUACGCCCUGCCAAGGCCCGGCGAGGAGGCCACGGCCGCCAGCAGCAGCGCAACUUCUGGGCGGCCCGUCUGGCUGCCAGGCUGCUCAAGCUGCGUUACAUCUUGCUUGGAUCUGCCGUCGGAGGAGGCUACACUGCUAAAAAGACGUAUGAUGAAUGGAAGGACAUGCUUCCUGAUUUGAGCGAGUACACAUGGAUAGUGCCUGACUUUGUUUGGGAGCUCAGUGAAAAUUUUGACUUAGACAAGCUAACCAGUGCUUUGCCUGAAAUGGAGGAGAUUGCCAAGAUACUCCCAGACAUGGAGAAGAUAGGGGAGAACUUCACGUUCCUUAAGAGUCUUCUCUCCAGCGGUAUGAGUAGUGAAGUCUUUGGAGCUUCUGGUCUGCGUCUGUUGUUAGAAACUGCAAGUGAGGCGUCCCUGAAAGCGCCUGAGAUCCACUCAGCGACAGCAGCUGUGCCCGAGAGUGGUGACAAGCAGUUUAAGAAGCAGGGGCUGCUCAGAGAGCUCAUUCUCAUUCAGCAGCAGAUCCAGCAACAUGAAGAGGAAGUUUGGCGGGCAGCGGCGGCCAGUAAUUCAUGGCCGCCGCCCGAGCCCCGCCCCAACCCGGCCCAGAGUCCGUCCCCCACCCAGGCCCCGAACCCCAAGCGCAAGUCAUCAGAUAAAGAAAAAGUCGACCAACUUCAAGAAGAGCUUCUUCGCACCCAGAUGAAGUACCAGCGGAUGCUGGAGCGUCUGGAGAAGGAGAACAAGGAGCUGAGGAAGGUGGUGCUACAGAAAGAUGACAAAGGCAUUCACCAAAGGAAGGUCAAGAAGUCAUUGAUUGACAUGUACUCCGAGGUCCUAGACAUUCUGUCAGAUUAUGACUCCAACUACAAUACCCAAGAUCACCUGCCAAGGGUGGUGGUUGUAGGGGACCAGAGUGCAGGAAAGACCAGUGUGUUGGAGAUGAUUGCUCAGGCUAGGAUCUUCCCCCGAGGCUCAGGAGAGAUGAUGACCAGAUCUCCUGUCAAGGUGACACUAAGUGAAGGCCCUCAUCAUGUAGCCAUGUUCAAAGAUAGCACCCGUGAGUUUGACCUGGGAAAAGAGGAGGAUCUUGCAGCAUUGAGGCAUGAAAUUGAACUGCGGAUGCGGAAGAGUGUGAAGGAGGGCCAAACAGUCAGUGCUGAGACAAUAUCUUUAAAUGUGAAAGGCCCAGGGAUCCAGAGAAUGGUUCUUGUUGACUUACCAGGAGUAAUCAGUACUGUGACCACAGGUAUGGCUACAGACACCAAGGAUACCAUCUUUAGCAUCAGCAGAGCAUACAUGCAGAACCCAAAUGCUAUCAUUCUAUGCAUUCAGGAUGGUUCAGUUGAUGCAGAGCGCAGUAUAGUCACCGACCUGGUCAGCCAAAUGGACCCUCAUGGUAGACGGACCAUUUUUGUUCUGACCAAAGUGGACCUUGCAGAGAAGAAUCUAGCUAGCCCAAACAGAAUCCAGCAGAUAGUUGAGGGCAAGCUGUUCCCUAUGAAGGCUUUGGGUUACUUUGCUGUAGUGACUGGCAAAGGUAGUAGUAGUGAAAGCAUAGAAUCCAUCAAAGACUAUGAAGAGGACUUCUUUCAGAACUCCAGACUUCUGAGAGAUGGCAUGCUGAAGGCUCACCAGGUAACCACAAAGAACCUGAGUCUGGCUGUGUCUGACUGCUUCUGGAAAAUGGUGAGGGAGUCAGUCGAGCAGCAGGCGGACGCGUUUAAAGCUUCCCGCUUCAACCUGGAGACAGAGUGGAAGAAUAAUUACCCACGGUUACGGGAGCUGGACAGGAAUGAGCUUUUUGAAAAGGCCAAGAAUGAGAUCCUGGAUGAGGUCAUCAGCUUGAGCCAGGUCACACCGAAACACUGGGAGUCCAUCUUGCAAAAGAAGCUGUGGGAGAGAGUGUCCACGCAUGUGAUUGAGAACAUUUACCUGCCUGCUGCCCAGACCAUGAACUCAGGCACCUUCAACACCACUGUAGAUAUCAAGCUGAAGCAGUGGACAGACAAGCAGCUGCCACACAAAGCACUGGAGGUUGCCUGGGAGACACUGCAGGAGGAAUUUGCCCGUUUCAUGGCUGAGUACAAAGGGAAAGAUCAGGAUGACAUCUUCGACAAGCUCAAAGAAGCUGUCAAAGAUGAGAGCAUUAAGAGACAUAAAUGGAAUGAGAGCGCCAUGGAUAGCUUGCGAGUGAUCCAGCACAACGCCCUAGAGGAUCGCUCCAUCACAGACAAGCCUCAGUGGGACUCCGCCAUCGAGUUCAUGGAGGAGACGCUGCAGUCGCGCCUCAAAGACACUGAGUCAGUUAUAGCUGACAUGGUGGGGCCCAACUGGAAGCAGAGAUGGAUGAGCUGGACCAACCGCACGCCAGAACAACAUGUUCGUAAUGAAACCAAGAAUGAGCUGGAGCGCCUACUGAAGCUUCACGACGACCACACGGCCUACCUGGCCAACGAUGAGGUCACUACCGUCCGCAAAAACCUGGAGGCGCGAGGGGUGGAGGUGGACCCCGUGCUGAUCAAGGACACCUGGCACCAACUGUACAGACGACACUUUCUGCAGAAGUCCUUGUUCCACUGUAAUCUCUGCCGAAGGGGCUUCUACUACUACCAGAGGCACUUUGUCGACUCAGAGCUGGAGUGCAAUGAUGUGGUUCUGUUCUGGAGGAUCCAGAGGAUGUUAAGCAUUACAGCUAAUACUCUUCGACAGCAGCUCACCAACACGGAGGUGCGGCGCUUGGAGAAGAAUGUGAAAGAGGUGCUAGAGGACUUUGGGGAGGACAGUGAGAAAAAGGUGCAAUUGAUCACAGGCAGGAGAGUUCAACUGGCCGAAGACCUCACUCCCCCCCCGCUGGGCUUUUAGUGGGGUGUUCUUUGCCCUUGUGUUGAACCCUAGUCUCUACAGUGGAGCGGGCCUGCAAAUCCUCUGCUUCUUAUAGCCAUCUGGUUUCAAGAUAAGUCUGCAUGUUGAUUUGUAGUGCUGCCUCUCCUGGGCUGAUCUGCCGUUGACGUGCUGUUUUAUGUGCCACCUCCAUGUCCCUCACCUGCUAUCUUUUAUAGCUAAUGUUAUCAUAUGGAUUUUGAGACAAAACAAGUGGCAGCCACCAUCGCUCUGCUCGCUGCCUCGUGAGGCCUGACGCACAGAGGCUGCUGUUCUCCGCUUUCAGAGACCCCUCAUGUCUGACCGCCAUAAAAAAAAAAAAAAGCCCACCUUUGAAAUGACACAUUGAGUUUCCAGGAACCCACGCAGCCACCCUCUGAACCCCUCUCAGACUUCUGAGGAGAGGGCUGGUGGGGGAAUGUGAGCUGCUGAAAAAGCUGUUGCCACAUUUUAAUUUCUUUGCUGCUUUCCCCUCUGUUGGCGGUCCUGCUCGAUGGUAAGGACCGAAAGGUACCCUUUCCAGGCACGGGAUUGGGUUUCGCUUGGCCUCUCGCUCUCCCUGUCCCUCCUGCUCUUAGGUGACGUCCUGUGCCCCAACGCUCCCUUUUUUCUCUCGCUCGUCUCUUCUCCUUGGUCACAGUGUUUCACAGUCUAAUUACAGGUCAAUUAAAGGCUUUCUCCAGCCUUCUGCCGCGGCGGGGCAGGCAGCUUAGGGCUCGGAGAGAGCCAGAGUGAAAGAGAUAUCAUUUCACGUGGAGAUCAGGCAAGAGCCCCUUUGAAAGAAGGGAUUGAGGAGGAACCCUGAAAGAGUGAAAGCCAUCCCCCUUCUCCCUUCUGGGAAAAAAAGGGGCUGCUGGGAUAGGGGCCAAAGGAUUAUGGGAAUAUUCAUGACCACAUAAAGAGCAGGGACUCAUGAAUGGAUGUGUCCAGAAGCUCAUCUCUUAGGUAAACAAGGGCCUAAAUGGACUUUAGAGCCUGCUCUCGGACACACAGGAGCAGGCUAAGGACUGAUUCUCUUCAUUCCUUUUCUUCUGUGUCACAUUUCAGUGUGCAGUGAAAAUAAAGCCUUAUUUUGCCCCCCCAGCAUCCUACGUUCUUCCUUGUGGAACAAACAGAUGGUAGAAAGAAAUAAAUAUAUGUUGCUUGCUGUCUUUUCAGACACGUUAAGCCAGUAUGCACACAAACCGCGCUGCCUUCUUUCGCUUGGGCUUUCUUCCUUAAAAUUGGAACGGCUGCAUGUCUACAAAUGUGUUGUUGGUUUGUAUAUUGUAAGCAUAUUGAGAAUCUGGCCUAUUCUGGCCUUUCCGGCUUCUGUUUUUUUGUUUGUUUGUUUGUUUUUCUUUCAGGCCUGUCACCUUAGACUAGAUUUGUCAAUUUUACAUCAUUUUACUGUGGACAGUACCUCGCUAUGUAAAUUUCCACUAAAAAUGUGUUGCUGUUAUGAGUUGUAAACCAUACUGCAUUUGCUCCCAAAUAAUACAGGAGCUCCUCCCAAAUCAUUUUGGAGUUUUUAAUGGAUUGUGCGGAGCUCAGCUACAUUGCUUGGUUUAGGGUGUUUGAGAGUUAAACAGUUCAGCCAGGUUUCGACAGCUUUAAGGUGGUGGAGCACUGUGCUCCUGCCAGCCUCACAUGAGCAGAUCUGUCCAGCUUUGACUUUGAGCCCUACACCUGCCAUGUCACAGCGCCCUCUCCCACUCUUAAUGCCUCCAUUACGCUCCCUAAUCUCCAACAUCUCGCUCUUUCAUGCGCUCUUGCUCUAACAGAGUAUCAAAGGCUAGGGCAUUGCUGAUGUCUGCCAGAAGUGUGUGUUUGCCUUUGUGUGUGCGGGUGUGUGUGUGUAAGUGUGUGGGCAAGGUGCUGUAGGGUCAUAUUUCAGGGGCUGAAAUUAUUUGUGAGAGAUUGCACACGUGCGUGUGCCGGUGUGUGUAUG